AGGGCGGCGCAUGCGCGCGGAGGCGGGCGCGGGAAGGCCGUGGUCGCCGUGGUGGUGGAGGAGGCGAUGGUGGUCGGCUGCGAGGCGGGGGUGGUGUCAGAAACAUGUGUGCUCAGUAUUGCAUCUCGCUGGCUGACGUUGAAAAUGCACAAGCCAACAUUCACCGCCUCAUCCACCUCACACCUGUCCUAACCAGCUCCAUUCUGGAUGAAUUAGCUGGCCGCAGACUUUUCUUCAAAUGUGAGCUCUUCCAAAAGACCGGGUCCUUCAAGGUUCGUGGAGCCCUUAAUGCACUCAAGGGCUUGACUGCCGGCUCUCUCAGAGGCGGGAAGAAACCGAAAGCUGUCGUGACUCACAGCAGCGGGAACCAUGGACAAGCUCUCACCUUUGCAGCCAAAUUGGAAGGAAUUCCUGCCUAUGUGGUGGUUCCCCACACUGCUCCACCCUGUAAGAGAGCUGCAAUCCAGAGCUAUGGGGCCACGGUGGUGGACUGUGAACCCAGCGAUGAGUCCCGGACAGAAGUGGCAUCAAGGGUGGUGCAGGAGACAGAAGGCACCUUCGUGCACCCAAAUCAGGAACCUGCUGUGAUUGCCGGCCAGGGCACCAUUGCCCUUGAAGUCCUUCAGCAGGUUCCUCUAGUGGAUGCCCUGGUGGUGCCCGUUGGGGGCGGUGGCAUGAUUUCUGGAAUUGCAAUCACAGUCAAGGCCCUGAGACCCACCGUAAAGGUGUUUGCUGCUGAGCCAUGCAAUGCUGAUGACUGCUUCCAGUCCAAGCUGAGAGGGGAAUUGAUCCCUAACCCUCAGCCCCCAGACACCAUCGCCGAUGGGGUCAGAUCCAGCCUUGGUACCAAUACCUGGCCCAUCAUUCGAGACUUUGUGGAUGAAGUCUUUACUGUAACUGAGGAUGAAAUCAAGCAAGCAACCAAACUCGUGUGGGAGAGGAUGAAGUUACUUAUCGAACCGACUGCUGGGGUCGGAGUGGCUGCCGUGCUGUCCGAGCAGUUUCAAACCGUUGCCCCGGAAGUUAAGAACAUCUGCAUCGUGCUGAGUGGUGGGAAUGCAGAUUUGACCUCCCUGACCUGGCUUAAGCACUGCAGAGACCAGGAGGCUAGCAACUGCUAAAAAGAUGCCAGAGCUCCCUCUGGGAGGGAUUGCCUCUGGUCAGGCACACAGGUAAUUUGAACCUGUGCAUUUUAAGAACAAGUUCCCACCUCGGUUAAAGAACAUGUAGCGCACAACUGCCAUCUUAGUGAAGAUUUUAAAAGGGUGACCACUGAGCACAAGCCUCUUGAUGAUCAUUCGGUCUGGAUCCACUGACAGCAGCGAACCGGUAGCAAUGAGGUCGUGCAUUCCUAGAGGAGAGAGAAGAGACGAGUGUUCAGCGGUCAAAGCCAGGCUUGGUCACACCAAGAUUCCCGCAAGAGCAAGAGGAAAAUAGCCAACCGCAAGUCUCCUUUCGGGAAACGAGUCUCAACACUAUCCCAUAGCCACUUCAUACGUUUGGGAGCUCCUUGUGGGCAGGGAAUGUGUGUAAUAACACUAUUGUAUGGUAUUCUCCCCAGCACUUACUACAAUGCUCUGUAUGUAGUGUUCAAUAAAUACCGUUGAUUGAUGAA